GCACAGUUGGAUCUCAGCGGAGCACGGGGAGAUUUCAUAAAGCCUUCCCUCCCUCUCAGGACAAAGAGCCCAUAGAGCAACUGCCUCCUCUGGAAGCUGAGCAUCCCUAAACAGCCGCCAAAGUUGCCAGGACAUGUCCAUGACUGAGCUUUGGUUCAACAGAGACACAAGUAGCAGCUGAAGUGCCUGGUGGAGCUCCUGACAGGGAAGGAAUUCCCAAGGGCUGGGAGGCACAAAAAUGAAAUGGGAGACUGCUCUCUGGAUGGUUGCCUGCUUUCUGCUUGCCUCUCUGCCCAGAGGUCAGCUGGACACCACGUGCCACGCAUUUGUUGGAGAAACUGUGGUUUUGCCUUGCACCACGGCCCCUCCCGAAGAGCUGAACCUUUCCAAGUCAAUGCUCUACUGGCAGAUUGGCACCAAGGAGCUCGUGCACUUCUUUAAGAAUGGGCAGGAUUCACUGGAGGACCAGGAUGAAAAAUUCCGUGGCAGAACCAGUCUUUUUCUGGACCUAAUGAAGUAUGGCAACCUUUCCUUAAAGAUCUCAAAUGUCCAGUUACGGGACAAUGCUGAAUAUUCCUGCAUUUACAGACAGACUGAGAGACAGCAAACAGAGAAAUCUACAGUUAAACUCCAUGUGUCAGCUCUACCUAGGAUUGAGGAGCCACCUUCCCCUUCUGAGCAGAUUCAGAUUUCCUCCGGAAGCCGCGUGGAUGUGCCAUGUCUGGCUGUGCUUCCCCUCUCUUUCCUCCUCCUGGUGCCCCUGGGCCUUUGGCACUUGUAACGGGGGAAGCCAGCCUUGCCUUUGGGAAGUUCUCCUCGCCAGAGGAUCCUUCUGGGCAGAACGGGUCCGUGGGGUCAGUGUGACACCUGCUUUCCUGCGGGGAAAGAGGCGCCAAGAGCUGAGAACAGACCAAGCACCAGGCGUUUACGUCUCACGUCCUGGUGUUCCACAAAACCAAGGGCAGCAAAACUCUGAGGUGGCAAGUCUGCUUCUGCAUUUGUUUCUCAGAGUCCGGUUUUAGCGCUGCCGGGAUAUAUUUUAGUUUGGAUUGUGUGGGCUUGCUUCAAUAAUAAAAGGAUAAAAGGCUCACAGAAGUCCAGGAUCAGAUUAUAGUUGAUCCCGGUGAGAUCUUUUGCCUCUCGUCUGCUGUCCUUCAAGACAACUGAAAGGAGGAGUGGGGGUAACUACCCUCUGUGUCAAACAAAAAGUGGAAGUAGGAAGACACUCUCAUUUUGUGAAAUGUAAGGAUGGAAACCUUGUGAAACUGUUCUGUGGAACUUCAGCUUCUAUUUUCACUCCUAAGCGUCAUGAGCUACGAAUAAGAACCCUUUUUUUCCAUAAGAAAUGUAGCAUUUUUUCAGCAGAAGGGUGAAGCUGACUGAGAAAGGGGAUAGAAGUUCAUAAAAUAUCCACAUAGAGGAAGGAAGUGAUGUACUACUACAAAACCCAUUGCGAAAUAAGAAAAAAAUUCUAGAAGGCAGAAUUCAGUAUUAUCGUUUUUUGGUCAUGAAAUACGGCAAAGUUGGAUUCUUAAUUUGGAACUAUGCAAUGAGAAAUCAUUACUGUGAGAAUGUUGCUUCUUUAAAAACAGUACCUUUGGAGGGCAAAAAAAAAUUUCUAAAAACUCAUCAGAAUCACUGUAACUGAUACCUAUGCAAAGUAAAUGGGUUUAUUUCUAGAAGCGUUCAAUCCAGGUAGCAGGAGAGGUCCUGUGCAAAACUUAGGUCAAAAGGACCCUGCAUACAAAAAAUGUCGAGGAAGUGCAGGAGUGUUUUUCAGGCCAGAACAGCAACUACCCUGUUUCACAACCAAAAAGCAUCCAGAGAACAGAACUGGUGAUCAGCAGGGACUGAACAAAUCCCUCCUGAGCCCUCGGGCAGGGGGAAUGACUCAAGAGGAGGAUGCACACAAAGUCACUUUGAUUUGAAA